AUGUCCACGCAGUCCCGCUUGGAGAAGGAGAUGCGGCGGCAGCUGAGUGAGGUACCCGAGGGCCUAAACCGGGAAGCCUUCUUUGGCUCCGGGGAUGCCUGCGGUCCCAGCCGGAGCUAUCCGCUGGUUCAAGCCGCCGGGGCCGCCUCAGGUGACGGGUUGGCCGGUGCCCUGCUCGGUAAUUCCGGUGAUGGCCCUUUGGCAGCCGGUACCGCCUUUCCUAACGCGCAGGGAGGCCCUGGGCUGCCCACCAUGGCCAUUGCGCAGGCAAAUGAUUCAGACCUGCAGGGCAGCCCGGGUCUGGGCUCAGCUCCCUCAGGGAGCGACGCGUUUGCGGUAGAGCUCGCAGGGCAGGGCACCGAGCAGCUGGGCGACCAAGCGUCCUCGGCCCAGAGCCCCGAGACCAAGCGGCGCAGGAAGCAGCCCCGCCGCCAGCCGCCUCUGCCGCCCUCUUCCAGCGGCAGUGCUGGAGCCCGCCGGGCAGGCCCUGCCGUCGCGGGGCGGGCCACGCCACCACGCCAGGUGGCCGCGGGCAGCGGGCCGUCGUCGCCCGAGCUGCAGCUCGAGGGGCCCGGCGCAGGCCGCACCACCCGAGGGCGCGCGUCUGCUCCGGGCCCCUCGUCGGUGCGGAGCCGCGCCUCCGCCCCGAGCCGUGGCAGCCGCGCCUCCGCCGAGCCGGGCCCCGCCGUGCGAAGCCUGGCCCUGCAGGCGGCUCCGGCCGUCCGCGGCCGCGGCACCCAGGUGGGUCCGGCCCGCCGCAGCCGUGCCACGCAGACGGAUCCUCUGCCGCCACGCCAGGUGCCCGAGGCGGGGCCCAGCCGCCGCAGCCGCUCCGCGCCGCCCCGCCGUGCCCGCCGCAGCCGCUCCACGCAGACGGGUCCCGCCCGCCGCCGCCGCGCCACCAGCCCCGCCGCCGGGAGCCGCGCCGCCCAGCCGGGCCCCGCUCGCCGACGACGCCGCGUCAGCCGCAGCCCCGGGGCCCGAGGCCGCGGCGGGAGGCCGGCUCCCGCGCCGCGCAGCCGCCCCGAGCUGCAGCGCCCGCCGAGCCGUCGACGCCCCGCGCCGUCGGGGGCCCGCGCCCGGCGCUCCGUCUCGGCGCCCGGUCCUGCCGCGCCCCGCGCUGCCGCCCCGCGGGGCGCGGCCGGCUCGCCACUGCCGGUCCUGCGGCGCCGCCAGCCGCAGCGGUCGCCCAGUGGCAGCCCCCCGUCGCCGCAGCAGCCCAGGGAGGAGAGGACCCCCGAAAGAUCGCCCCCGGAAAACCGAGAGGUCGACAGCAGCAGCGCCGAGAGCAGCGAGGUGGAGAGCAACCCGCCGCCCCGCACCUGGAAGGCUCUGCGCAUGCGUGCCUCCUCGCCCUCGCCCCCGGGCAGGUGGUGCCCGCUUGCCAUGCUGUUCGGGGAGUAUAGCUCGUCCACCUCCACCUGCUCUCACUCCUCCGACGUGAGCGGCACAUCCUCUGUCUCUUCCUCACCCCCUGUCCCUUCCCCACCCCCUGUCCCUGACCCGCAGUGCGAAGCUGAUGCCGAACCCCAACCCGAACCCCAGCCUGAACGCGACAACGACCCCAUGCCCGCCUUGGCCUAUUCCGAUAACAGCUCUCCUUCUCCCUCCCCCGGGUUUUUGGGUCUGGAUUCCAUCCAUCCCGAGUUUGUGGCUGAGAUUGAUUCUGAUUUUGCGGAUGAGAUAGAGAUUGAGGCAGAAAGCAGUUCUUCUUCGGACGAGGACGAGGAGUAG